GAUGGAAAAUCUCAAAUUUCUAAUAGUUGAAAAUGUACAUAUUUGUAAACCACUUGAAUUUCUUCCCCACAGUCUAAUAUUUCUUAAGUGGCCCAACUAUCCUUUUCACUAGCCAUCUAAGUAUUUUCCUGAACAACUUGUUGAUAUUGAGAUGCCACAUAGUCGCAUUAGAUUGCCAAAGCUAAUGAUGCAGAAGCGUCCCUUUGAAAAUUUGAUAAAUGCCAAUCUUAGUGGUUGUGAAUUUAUUACGGAAGUUCCUAAAUUUAGGGCCCCAAAUUUAGAGAGUUUGGAGCUCGCUGAUUGUAAAAAUUUAGUUAAAUUAACUAAAUUACGGGCCCAAAAUUUAAAGUAUUUGGACCUCUCAGGUUGUGAAAAUUUAGUUAAGAUUCAUAAAUGCUUUGGAUCUCUUGAAAAGCUUACAGAAUGGGUUCUCGAUGGUUGUAGUAACCUUCUAUUUCUUCCAAGCCAGCUCAGGUUGAAAUCUCUUUAUCUUUUUAUUCUUUCUGGCUGCUCAAGCCUUAUGGAGUUCCCUAAUUUUCAUCCAGAAAUGGAAUGUUUAAACAUUUUAGAAUUAGAAGGGAGUGGUAUUAGAGAGGUGCCUUCAUCAAUCGAGCAUCUCACUAAGCUUGAGGAAUUAAACCUUUUAGAGUGCAAAAACCUUCGGGAUCUUCCAGAUAGCAUUUAUAAAGUGCAACAGCUUCAGUACUUGAAGACUCCUACUGCCAAAUUGAGACCAACGUGCGAUUCUUUUGAUGGCUCUUCCGGAUAUGGGUUUGUGAACAUGACAUAUUUGAAUUUCUAUAAAUGUGAAGGCAUAAUUGAAUUAGAUCUUUUGAUGAAGCCUUAUUACUUCCCCGCAUUGAAAGUGAUAAAUCUAGAUUGUACCAAUAUUGUUACCAUCCCUGAAAGCAUUAGCAAAUUUCCCAGAUUAGAACAACUUUAUGCUAGGGAUUGCAAGCUUCUUCGUGAAAUUCAAGGAUUUCCACAAUCAAUGUCGUCGUUGGGAUCAAGUAUGGUUUAUGUGAAUAAUUCCAUGUUGUUGAAUACCUCACCAAGCGGGCUAUUUAAUCAGGUAAUAGGAAUUAUUGGGAUUUUACCAAAUAGAGUAUGUGGUAGGGCAAGAAGCAACAAAUUAAUGGAUCUGCAAAUCUCCAAUAAUUUCCCAUCUGAAACUGAGGGUGCUGAAUCUGAAGAUGGGGACAUAUCAAUGGAUCUGCAGUUCUCCAAUAAUUUCCCAUCUGAAACUGAGAAACUUGGAUGGGUUCAUUUUGAAGGCGGUGGCCUUGGUGGCAUUAAUAACAUUAAUGGCUUUGAUCCUGGUAUUAGUUUUUUGGGAACUGAGAUGCUGAAAUGGUUUAAUCAUCAAAGUGUUGAUAACUCCAUAUUUUUCUCUGUUGGUCACAAUUUUCCAAAAUUGGUUGUCUGUAUUGUUCCUGGACUAGAGGACUUUGAUGGCUUUGUUGAAAUUUCCAUCAAUGGUUAUGAAAAUCGUGAAUAUGAGUCUAUUCAUCUAUCGCGAAAUUAUACACAAUCUCCAUGUUCACAAUAUUUAUUUUGUCUAACUCAAUGGCCUCAGCUGCAGAGACAUUUGAAUGAAUCAAAUCCAACUGACCAGAAUCGUGUUAAGGUUUCAAUUAGAUAUAAUUCAGAUGACACCUGUUAUUCUAUAAAAAUGUGGGGGGUCCACGUAGAAUGCACCUGUCCUCCUCAAGAAGAUGAUGCUGUUGAUUAUGGGUAUUCUAUAAAAGGUUGUGGUUCGAAGAAACAGAGGACACGUUGAUGAACUCUGAAGAAAUAUGCCUCAAUCAAAAAAUCACAUUGAAACUGUUCCUCCUCGGUCGUUUCUCACCAGUUUCUUUUUGCAUUUGAUGCCAAGUUGACUAGGAUGGUUGCGGUUGAAGUCACUGGCAGGCCCUAGAUUUCCUUUUGCCUUGGAUAUGAGCUCUGUCUGAAGGUUAUGAGCUAUAAGCAUCUCAAGCUUCAUGGCAUACUGUGAGCUGAAGACAAGGGCAGUCUAGCAAAUUUUGUGUGGAACCUUCAAAAAAAAUCCUUUGAUGAGCCCUCUACACUGAGGUAAACUUGAAGCUCCUCCUCUGCACAUUGAUGAAGUCACUUAGACCCAGACUCGGCUGAACCCUGCAUUACAAAUACAGGAUGAGACACAUUGUUUCCUUCAAGUUGGAGGAAAUGACAAACCUUUCAAGUACUCAAAGAAUUGCCUCUUGGCAUGCUUGUCCUCAGGUAAAUAAUAUCCAUAGACAUUUGUCCAUUUAAGAACUUGCCUCAAUUCAACUUUCUGCAUAAACAGCAUAUUUGAUGAGAACAAGGAGGGUUUGUGCUUUACUUGGAAUAGACUCAGGUAUCGGGGGUGCUACAAAAGAUUCAAACUUCAGUUCUAUCCAGUUAAGCGUAUUGGAUGAGAAUGAACUCAGCAAUUGUAUCAAUAGAGGCCUUGAGCAUUGGUUUCAAAGCUACUUUCAGGGCUACUCUAGUCAACGCUAUAUUUAUAAUGAUUGUUUUCCUAAAUGUGAAAUUCCAGAGUGGUUUUGCCAUCAAAGUGGUUCUUUAUUGAGAAUCCAGCUACCUCCAAAUCUUUAUACUAAUUCUGACUGGGUAGGAACUGCUCUAUUUGCUACAUUCACAGUGCAUAAGCAUCCAACUCUCAUUCUUGACAAUUUGGAUACAGAAAUUUCUCAUGGCUUUUCUUGUUCUUUGAGAAGUGACAUGGGCAGCUGGACAGAGUCAAAUAAACAUUACAUCACUGAGUCUGAGCACAACAAAUUUAUUUGGUUAAAGCAACGUAAAUUCAUUUGCAUCAUGCAUGUACCUCAUGCUCGAUUUUCAGAUAAGUUGAAUUGUAGCAAUCUCUUAACUGCUUUAUUUGGUAGUGAUAGCCAAGACUUGAUGGUGCAAAACUGUGGUUACGGUCUUGUGUACCAGCAAAAUGUGGGAGAGUUGGUGCAAACAUUAGUCCAAUGCUCAACCAUGUUUUCUGAUAAUUCCGAUCUCAUCCACCAAUUUACUGCUCAUCAAUCUAGAACAAAGCAGCAGAGCCAUGAUGAUGAUAAUGUUGAGGGGGAAACCAGUGGAACUGGUGGAUCUAAUGGGACAUUGAGAGGGCUUCCAGAAAAAAUAAAGCAGCAGAGCCAUGAUGAUGAUGAAGAUGAAGAUGAGGGAGAAACCAGCGGAACUGGCGGAUCUAAUGGGACAUUGAGAGUGCCACAGUAUCAGGAAAAAGUUUGUGCAACUUGCUAUCAAAAAUUCAUUGAUGCCGGGGGGGCCAACCCAUUAUUGUCAUCGUCGAGAACGCUCUGAGGAUGAGACACACUGUUUCCUUCAAGUUGGAAGAAAUGAAAAACCUUUCAAGUACUCAAAGAAUUGUCUCUUUGCAUGCUUGUCCUCAGUUGAAGGUUAGUACUGGUGUUUAUCAACAAUGCUCAAGUGCUACUGCAGCUUCCUUUUGAAAAGUAGGGGUAAGAUGUUGGAUAGAGAGAUCUAAUUUAAAAGUGAAAACAAUGCAGAAGAAAAAUGUGAGAAAGCUCCUAAUUAGGAUGUUGAGCACAAGAAAACUUGUGAAGAUUCAGCUCACUUUUGUAGUUUGUAUGCAUUCCCUGAAGACUACAUAUCAAAGUUAAAAGAAAUGUGGAGACUCUCUCCUCGAUUAAGUCGCAGAGCCAAGAGUGUUAUGAAUAUUUAAAAAAAGGUUACUAGUGAAGGGUCUGUCAAUCGCAGGCCACAAAACCUACAUAAGCUUUCAUACUCUGAAUUUGGCUUUCAAUAUUAUUGGUUGUCCCCAGAAAGCUAUACUUUAAUACUUCCUCUGCAUCUCUCAUGACUACAUGAUCCACAUUGUGCUGAAGGUAUUACUGUGGCAGCUGCUUCUAAAGAUAGCACCCUAAAGGCUAUAGAUGAAGGUAAUUGGAAAAAGCCAAUAAGCUGUAACUCAAAUGGCAAAGAAGGAAAGCUACUAAUUUAAAGUAAUAGGAUGAACCCUUUGUGGAUAAUUUUUUUUUUUUUUUUUUUUUUGUUUGGACGUGUAUGCCUAAGUUUUUGUUGGCUUGGUUCCUUAUUUCUAUUCCAUGGUCAAACAUUCUCUGUAUUUUUGUACCAUGCUCCCAAAGGUCGUAACAAUCGACCAGUUAGGAUUUUC